CUGGUCCUGUGGGCUUUUAAGCGGCGUCGCCGGUGGCCACGCACGCACCCAACUCUCACCUACUCUGCUUCUGCUGCCCUCCUGCAUCGACUCACUCCUCCACUCCCGUGUCGUCGUCGUCGUCGUCGUCUGCUUCGUCGGCCGCCGCGCGCCGCCCGCGAUGGCGUCGUCGGGGGACAGCAGCGGCAAGCAGCGGAGCGACGAGGAGUGGCGCGCCGUCCUCUCCCCGGAGCAGUUCCGCAUCCUCCGCCUCAAGGGCACCGAGUUACCUGGAACAGGUGAGUACAACAAGUUCUAUGGUGAUGGGGUCUACAACUGUGCUGGCUGUGGAACACCCCUGUACAAAUCCACAACCAAGUUUGAUUCUGGUUGUGGCUGGCCAGCAUUUUUUGAGGGACUUCCUGGAGCCAUAAACCGAACACCGGAUCCUGAUGGAAGGAGGGUAGAAAUCACGUGUGCAGCUUGCGGUGGGCAUUUGGGUCACGUGUUCAAAGGAGAAGGCUUCAAGACGCCUACUGAUGAGCGUCACUGUGUGAACAGUGUUUCGAUCAAGUUCACCCCGGCCUCCUAAAUCCUUUCCCAGGUCAUUAUUAUUGGAGGUGAAUUCCCCAGGGCUAAAGCUGUGGAAAGCACUACAAAAUAAUGAAUAAAAUCACAGAGACAUAUCCUGUUUGUCCAUAUAUGAAUUCAUCUCCUGUUAAUUUAGCUGUAAACUUGUAACUUAACAUUGCUGGGAAUGGUAAAUGAAUGAAUAAAUGAAUCUGGUUCAUUAGUUA